ACAAUUUGAUAGUGUCAAACUGAAAACAUAUUUUGUUUACUUUCAACUAAAAACGAAAAUUCACUAUUUAACGCCACGACAACACAAAAAUGGCUUGGAUAUCGGGCUUAGCAGAUAAAGCCGAAAACAUUUUAAACAAGUUAGAUCAAAAUGCCGCUACAGCAUUGCAAGUAGCAGCUACUUCAGGUGGCGAUGGUGAUAGUGGCGAAGGUAGUGCUUUGGAAACGAUGCGGCGCAACUUAUCCAAUAGUAAAUUGUCAUUGAAAGCAGCAUUUUCCCCAAUCAAAGCAAAAAGCAAUAUUAAUGCCAAUAUGAGUACAUCAGUAGAAGGUGAUAGAGAUGUAUUAAAUGCUUCAUAUCGCACUGCAUUGCCUGAAUCAGUGGAAGCAAGUGAUAAGGUUGAAUGGCACAUAAACUCUGCUGUCUCUUCACGACGCAGUUCCAUUAAUUCACGCCCCGAUGCUGUGGCGAUUGAAGUGGAGGAAACAAGUCCGCAACAUGGCUUACUGAAUAAGGUGGCUACUGAAGGAACUCUUCUAACUGGAACGCAUGAAAGUCAAGAGUUGAUGGCAUUUAAAAUUGCAUUAAACGAAAUUACAAACGAACGUGACGACUUAAAGGCACGUUUGACAAAAAUAAACCGUGAUAAUGAAAAAACCGCAUUUCUAACAAAAAUACAAGGUUUGGAGACACUAUUACAACGUUUAACCGAAGAGCGUGAUCAAGCACAAUACGAACUGGGCAAAGCACAGGGUGCUAACAAUGCAAAUGCCCACACCAUUUCAGAGCUCGAAACUAAUUUAGCUAAACUGCAACAAGAGUACUUGGAGACGGCGCAUAAAUUACAAAUGCAAAUGAUGGAAACAGAGCAGCUCCGAAAGGAACUGCAAGAAUACCGACAUAAAGCGCAGCACUCACUGCAAAUGAAGGACAAUCUUAUAGCCGAACUAAAGGCAAAUGGCGUGUCGGCUGGCUCAGCAACAAAAAGCGAAGAGGAAAAUGAUUUGCGUUUGGUACAAAUGGAGCUGGACGAUUUAAAGCAUGAACAUCAGCAAACCGUAGAUGAAAGUCGUACAUUGCGUAUGCAAUUAGAAGAAUUACGACGUGAUUGGCAAAUGGUUAAUGAACAACACACCACAUAUAUUGCAAGUACACGCGCCGCAGAAGACACCUUAAGAAAAGAAUUGCGUACAGAACGUGAACGUUUACUCGCAACUGAAUCCGAACAACGUAUACAAGCGCAAGAGUUGGCAAAAUUACGACAGCAGCUCAGUAAUCAAAUGGCUGCAGCUGCGACACGGCUUCAAGAAAAGGAUGCACAAUUAGAAAAGCUACGUGCUGAGGUACAACGGCGCCACGCAACAAUGCACGUCGCAGAUGGUGCAGCGGUAGAUACUUUUGAUGAACGCAUUAAGGUGCUCACACAAACAUUGGUGGAUAAACAACAAACUGUGGAACGCAUCACAUCCGAGCGGAAUGCUUUACGCAUACAACUGGAGAAAAUGCAAGAUCAACUGCAACAGCAAUAUGCAUAUAACAAUAAGCCAGUUUCGCGUAAUUCAUUGCUCUCCAAUACAACCGAUGACAUUAAAGCACAGUUUCCACUUCUGAUGCGUGAGAAUCCCUUCGACAAUCGUGUGGCUCGUCGUGUUAAACGUGUCUACUCUUCACUCGAUUCUGCUGGUAUACGUUUGGGCGCCUUCCUGCGACGUUAUCCGCUCAUGCGCAUAUUUGUGCUCAUGUAUGUUGGCCUCUUGCACUUUUGGGUUAUGUUUGUGUUGAUGUCAUCGUCUCCAAACUAAAACUAUUAUUCUUAAUAUCUACUUACCACAUCUUACCACAUGAAUAAGUAGUCAAAUAUUUCAUAUUUACUAGUGUUAAUCCUAAAAACGUAUGACAAUAUUUUAAAUAACCGUAAAAAAAGUUUUUUUUAGAUAUAUUAUGUAUGUAUUGUAAUAGUAUUGUUAUCCGUAUAUUAUUCAUGUCUAGCUGUAUAAUUAAUGUCCAUCUUUUUAAUAUUAAA